AUGUACGUGGGCAAGACAUCCAGAAGCUUGAAACAGAGAAUAAGCGAACAUAAGAGUUCUAUAAGAGUUCUAAGGAUGAAAAUGUUUCUGUUGCUUGUCACUUUGUCAAGUGCUCUCAGUGUGUCUGUUGCUUGUCACUUUGUCCAGUGCUCUCACAGUGUCUGUUGCUUUAUCACUUUGUCCAGUGCUCUCACAGUGUGUCUGUUGCUUGUCACUUUGUUCAGUGCUCUCACAGUGUGUCUGUUGCUUGUCACUUUGUCAAUUGCUCUCAGUGUAUCUGUUGCUUGUCACUUUGACUAGUGCUCACAGUGUGUCUGUUGCUUGUCACUUUGUCCAGUGCUCUCACAGUGUGUCUGUUGCUUGUCACUUUGUCUAGUGCUCUCACAGUGUGUAUGUUGCUUGUCACUUUGUCCAGUGCUCUCACAGUGUGUAUGUUGCUUUAUCACUUUGUCCAGUGCUCUCACAGUGUGUCUGUUGCUUGUCACUUUGUUCAGUGCUCUCACAGUGUGUCUGUUGCUUGUCACUUUGUCAAUUGCUCUCAGUGUAUCUGUUGCUUGUCACUUUGACUAGUGCUCACAGUGUGUCUGUUGCUUGUCACUUUGUCCAGUGCUCUCACAGUGUGUCUGUUGCUUGUCACUUUGUCUAGUGCUCUCACAGUGUGUAUGUUGCUUGUCACUUUGUCCAGUGCUCUCACAGUGUGUAUGUUGCUUUAUCACUUUGUCCAGUGCUCUCACAGUGUGUCUGCUGCUUGUCACUUUGUUCAGUGCUCUCACAGUGUGUCUGUUGCUUGUCACUUUGUCCAGUGCUCUCACAGUGUGUAUGUUGCUUGUCACUUUGUCCAGUGCUCUCACAGUGUGUCUGUUGCUUGUCACUUUGUCCAGUGCUCUCACUGAGUGUCUGUUGCUUUAUCACAUUGUCCAGUGCUCUCACAGUGUGUCUGUUGCUUGUCACUUUGUCUAGUGCUCUCACAGUGUGUAUGUUGCUUGUCACUUUGUCCAGUGCUCUCACAGUGUGUCUGUUGCUUGUCACUUUGUCCAGUGCUCUCACAGUGUCUGUUGCUUUAUCACUUUGUCCAGUGCUCUCACAGUGUGUCUGUUGCUUUAUCACUUUGUCCAGUGCUCUCACAGUGUGUCUGUUGCUUGUCACUUUGUCCAGUGCUCUCACAGUGUGUCUUCUCUACAAUUCCAGGGCAUUGAGAAGGUGGAAGUGUCACCAAGAGGAGGCGGCAACGACCGUAAACUCUGCCAGAGAGAACUUGUCUGGAUUCAUACUUUAGGCACCCUACAGCUGUUAGGACCUAAUUAG